AUGGUGGAAGACAUAGCCGAGAAGAGGAAGAGGCUGAAUCGCGACCGCCAGAAGGCUUGGCGUGACAGAAAGAGGAUGGCUCGUAGAGCAGAGAUAGGGGCGGCUCACACCGAACCAGUCUGGCAUGGCCAUGGCAUAUUGAUUGCGCCUCCUAGCCAUCAUGAGUCUACGAUACCAGAAACCAGCGGUUCGGCAGCACAGUUACUCGGCAAUCGGUGCGGAAAUACUUCCAGGCUUCAAAUCAGUGAAGUGACCAAAUCCGAUUUUCCCAUACUGGUGGCGGGCAACGCAAGGUUAAAGAAGAGUAGUCUCAUUCCACCACUAUUAACGUACACGACAGACGCAAGUCUUGAGCUACGUAUAACUACGAUUAUGUUCCCACUUUCUCCAGACCACCAGCUCAUCACAUUAGUCCAGUAUAACGUUGUCCGGGCCUUAAUACUCAACAUGUCAAUGCUAUCACUUCUGUACUGCCUGCCUGACAAAUGCAGUCGUGCAUUCGGCAUCUCUAGCACUGGUCCAUCCCCACCAGAAAAAAUCUCCAAAGACCUCCAACCCACUCCUAUACAACAAUCUAUCCCUCACCCGUUCUGGAUCAGCGCUAUCCCAUUCCCGGCUUUGAGGGAUAACCUGAUCCUCAUGGCUGGGAUGUAUGACCGUGACGACUUGUGUUAUGAUCUGGGCCAGGCUUUGUACGAAGGUUUCGAUGAUGUGGAAAGGCGUGGGUUUUUGGUUUGGAGAGAUCCGUGGCAGAUGGACGGGUGGGAGGUUACGGAAGGGUUUGUGAAGAAGUGGGGGUUUUUACUAGAGGGUUGCUCUGAGGUGGUGGAAUCGGCAAAUCGUUGGAGAGAUGUGCGGGGGGAGGAGAGGCUGGUUGUAGAAACUUGA